CUUCGUCAAAACAAUCCUAGGGUCAAGACUGGAAUGUCUUGUUUAUCGUAGUAAUCAGUAAGCUGUCUCAGAGCUGAAUUAGAAGAGAAAAGUAAUCCUGUAGCAGUCAAGUGGAUUUAAGACACCCGAGGCUAAGCUAUCAUAAGUUUUGUUUAUUGCGGUUGGAUAGCCUUGCUUCGCCCUUGCCCGCACUGAGAUGUCGCCCUGAGAGUAGCGAGAUAAACAUCACCUGCUGGGAUCAUGACGAUGCAGUGUAUCUGUCAGAUUUGCAACUGUGGGAAGCACCGCUGUCCUGAGGAACCGGGCCUACUGGCCGGCGAGGACCACCCACCUGACCCCAUCUCCGAGUACAAGGAGAAGUUCAUAGCGCACGUCAACGCAGAGGUACGCUCGGCCAUACGCGUCCAGGAUGAGUACCAUCCGCCAGCGGGCAAAAUGUCCAGUAUGACCACCUUCAGGUUAGACUACGUACCUCACCCCGUGAUCCCCAGAGAGCCGAGGGUCCAGUGCGCGUACGUCCCCCCCGAGGGGCCCAUGACGAUGACCACCACCUACAGCGAGGACUUCCACCGCCACGCCGUGCAGUACCACAGGGUCAGCAGGGUCGACGACUACCACCCCUCAAUGGCCAAGAUGGACACCCUGUCCACUUACAAGGAUGAGUUCCGUACAUGGCCUCCUCAGAGGCGCCAGCCACACCGAGUCACCGACAACCUGACUCUCAACGCGGGCAAGUUCUGUGGCACCUCCACCUUCAAGGACUGCUUCCGCCCCGUCGUUGGCAUGGUAACACGGCAGCCCUGCAAGCCGCCGGCGUCCUCUCUCGAGCCAAGAGAGCGAGUGCCCUUCAACGGCGUCACCAACUACCGCCUGCAGUACGCCCCCCCUCCAGUGGAGGCGCUGCAGAGGCCCUCCAGCGCCCCCUUGCGAGGAUCCUCCACCCAGCGGCUGCAGCAGGACCGAGUCCCGCCGACCGUGCGCUGGAACACGGAGUCCCGCGAGAAGUUCCAGGCGUGGCCGCUGGGCGCUAGGCAACCGCAGCACCAGGCGGACGCGUACGAAGCCCCCGCAGGUCACAUGACCUUCGACAGCACCACCCACGCGGACUACGUCCAGCACGGUUGCCCUCCUCCUGGCCGCCCGGUCAUCCAGGCGUGGGCGGACGCCAAGGAGAAGGAUGCCCAGCAGGGGACGCACCGAGGCCGGCCGGUCGAGCGGCGAUCUCUGGGGAAGCCCACCGCUACCGCCACCACCACCACCACCACGUACCGCUCCCAGUUCACCCCCAAGACCGCGCCCAAGCCGGUCCGCCUCCAACACGCGCCCGGCAUGAGGCGAUCGGCCCCUGCCCAUCCAGCAGAGGGCGCCGGUGGGUCCCACCCUGAGGUGCCCACGUGCCCGGCCAGCUAUGCCCAUCCGCCAGGCUUCCAGGACACGCGCAUGACGUGCGGAGGGCACCGGCUGUACCGCACCAUCUCGCAAGGGGAGGGCGGAGGAACAGCGCCGGCAAAGGAGGCAAAGGAGGUUGCUACGGUGACCAGCGGCCAAUCGCCUCGCGGCCACAGCGUGGGGAGGAAGAGUGUGGUGGUUGACGGCCGUGGCAGGGGACAACACUAGAACCCCUUUGCUCUUCGUGAAGACCACACACACGCGCACACACACACACACACACGCACACGCACACGCACACACACACACACCUGAGCUCACCAAAGGCUUUCUUAUUUUUUUAACCAGAGAUUUCUAUACAAAUCACAAGUCUCUAUUCACCAUGUGCACCAAACAUUUUUGAAGGACAAAACAACUCAAUAAAAUUAAUUUUUGACUGUU